UUCUGUACGCUCAGUCAGUUUUGAACAGUGCAAUAAUAAAGAACGUGUUUCAAAUAAACAAACAACUACAAAAGCUACAAAAACAUUUCUUUUUCGUUCAACAUAACUACGAAAGUGUGUUAUUUCAGAAAAGUCUAGAAAUAUCAAAUUGUAAAACGAAGAAAACGAAGGAAAAACGCAACUUUUAUAGACGUUUUUUAUUUCGGUGAACAUUUCACUUUUGGGUGAAAAUUUCUAAAGCAAAAGAUGUUGCGCGGUAGCAUUUUAGUGUUAACAUUACUACUCACAUUCGGAUAUCUGCAGGCGCUGCCAUACUAUGGCGAUAAUUUCGAUGAUGAGGCUGAAUUUGUUCCACUCGAACAGCAACAACACCAACAACAACAACAUCAACUCCACCAGGGACGUGCCGGUUCACCGAAUGCCAGAGAGAAACCAUUUGAAGUGGAUGUCAUAACAAGUGAGGUUAAUGGUGACAAUAAUCCACCGGGCGUAUUCUUCCAACAAUCAUUCCCCUUCCUCGGCAAUGAUUUCUUCAACUCAUUUGGUGGUUUCGGAUUUGGCGGUAUUCCACGAGAGCAUUGGUGGAAAGGGUGAGUACCAUUUAAAAUA